AUGCCCUUUACAGGAGAUGAUGCUGAUGAAAUUAUUCAUAACAUUGUCCACGAAGAGCCGAUAUAUCCGCCAUCCCUAACCCCGGAAAUCUACAAUAUAAUAACACAACUAUUGACCAAAACCCCAUAUCGUCGCCUUGGGUCUGACAUAAAUGGUGCUGAGGAUGUAAAGAAAAGUGAUUUCUUUGAGGGAUUAGACUGGGAGGCUUUAAAGAAAAAAGAAGUCCAGCCUCCAUUUGUUCCUCAUAUAAAAGUUCCAGAGAUCUGCACUGAAGGAAUUGCAUUGGAACCACCAGAUAUUACAUUACCGCUGUUAAAUGAAACCAAAAUGGCCUUAAAGGAAUUAGAUUAUCCAGUAUGUUCAGAAUCUUCAGAAACGGAAACCUGAAAAAGUACGGAAAAUGGCAUAAAAGGAAGACGGAUCUAAGAGAUGGAUAGAAAAACAGAGCCAGAGUGAUGUUCAUGAAUUUUUCCAGUUAAAGAUGGACAACCUAUGAAGAACAUCAAGGGACUUUUACUUGCACCUGGCUAAUUCAUUGAAAGGAGCAAAGACCAA